AUACCUAUAUAUAUACAGUAUAUAUAAUAUUAAUCGCAGGAAUUAUAUAUAUAUAUAUAAUAAUGGCUCAAUCAACAUUGAGAGCAAAGAAAGAAGAACACUCGUUUGUGCUGUUAAGCGGACACAGAAUUCCGGCCGUUGGAUUGGGGACAUGGAGAUCAGGUUCCCAAGCUUCCUACUCCGUCGCCACUGCUGUUCUUGAGGCCGGUUAUCGACAUAUUGAUACGGCGUGGGAGUAUGGUGUUCAAGAAGAGGUGGGGCAUGGUCUGAGGGCAGCCAUAGAUGCAGGAAUUGAAAGGAAAGAUCUCUUUGUCACAUCUAAGUUAUGGUGUACUGAGUUGUCCCCAGAAAGAGUUCGUCCGGCCCUUAUCAAUACACUUCAAGAGCUUCAGCUUGACUACCUUGAUCUUUAUUUGAUCCAUUGGCCAUUUCGUCUCAAAGACGGAGCCAGCAAACCACCGAAGGCCGGAGAUGUUUUAGAGUUCGAUAUGGAAGGGGUUUGGAGAGAAAUGGAGAAUCUUGUAAAGGAAGGUCUCAUUCGAGACAUUGGCGUCAGCAAUUUCACUUUAAAGAAGCUCAAUAAGCUGACCACUUUCGCUCGAACAAUGCCUUCUGUCUGCCAGAUGGAGAUGCAUCCUGGAUGGCGGAACGAUAAAAUGCUGGAAGCAUGCAAGAAGAACGGGAUCCAUGUCACUGCGUAUUCACCGUUGGGUUCACAAGACAACGGGCGAGAUCUUGUUCAUGACCCGACGGUAGAGAAAGUAGCAAGGAAGUUAAAUAAGAGCCCAGGGCAAGUGCUAGUGAGAUGGGGGAUCCAACGAGGGACAAGUGUGAUACCCAAAUCGACAAACCCAGAUAGGAUCAACGAAAACAUGCAUGUCUUCAAUUGGGAACUUCCUGAACAGGAUUUCAAUGUUCUAAGCAACAUCCCAGAUCAGAAGCGAGUUUUGAGCGGUGAAGAACUAUUUGUGAACAAGAAGGAUGGACCAUACAGGAGUGUAGCAGAUAUAUGGGAUCAUGAGGACUGAGGUAACAAACAGUCUCUGUUUCAGACAUAUGGGAUCUGGAUUCAUGAAUUUAUGCUCUUUUUUGUUUGUAGAAGUAGAAAGUAGAAACAUAUGAGUAGAGGUGGCAAAGCAUGGUGUUGGAAUGGAAGCUAAUAAGCUAUAAUAAUAAGAUGUUAAAGUUGUAGAUAUAUGUGUAUAAUGAAUGUAAUGGUUAUAUGUGAGAUGUAAUAAGUUAUAGUGCCCAA